AUGUCUAUAUCCAUUUCCGUUACAUCAACUUCCGUCAUCAAGGAAGCCCCCGUAUCUGCUGACCAUGUCAUCAAACUAUUGCAGGACAAGUAUGGAAAGGGCGAAGCAAUUGACGCUAAGAAACUCUCAGAAUACAUUUUGGAGGAUAUUCAGCAGAGGUCCUCGAAACACAAAUUCAUAGUUCAGGCUACAAAACUAGAGGCAGAUGAUGGUGUAGAUGCAGACUUGCUUAUUGCGUCCAGUUUUGGAGCUGUGUGGGAAGCUGAAAGAGACGGUUAUAUCAGUCUUAAAAUCGUCUCGAAUGAGGCAGAAGCUGAAGAGAAGUCUGAGAAGGUAGAAAAGAUAGAAGAAAAUAAACCAGAGAUAGCGGAAACUGAACAUGAAGAACUGAAAGUUGAAGGAGGAGAAGUAGAUAAGGAAGGUGAAGUAGAUAAGGAAGGUGAAGUAGACAAGGAAGGUGAAGUAGACAAGGAAGGUGAAGUAGACAAGGAAGGUGAAGUAGACAAGGAUGAUAAAGGAGAUAAGGAAGAUGAAGAUGUGGAAGAAGAUAAGGAAGCUGAGGUAGGAAACGAAGAUGUGAAGGAAACUGAAGAGAAAGAAGAAGCAAUUAAGGAAGAGAAAGAAGUGGAGCAAGAAAUUAAAGAAGAUAAAGAAGAGGAAAGAGAGGAAGAAAACGAAGGAGACAAACAAGGAGAAAAUGAAGUCAAAGAAUACAGGCACAUUGAAAAUGAAGAGAAUCAAGAAGUUCUAAAGCAUACUGAAGAAUUGGAAUCUGAAGGGCCUAUAAAGGAAGAAGUUUCUCUUACUCCUGAUGAGAAACAACAAGUCAAGACGCCAUUGAAAACUACGUUAGUAUCAUUAUUCUGGAUAUAUGUCAAUUAG